AUGACUAAAACUAAGUACGAUCCACCGACAUCUACCUUUCCUUACAAAAUACGGAAGAGACUGAAUAUGCUCAGUGUGCCCCAUGCAUACAUCAUCGAUACUGGUGAAGGAAUGCCCGCAUACACGCCGAGGGGUAUACGUGUAUCAGCUGUGCACGCACCCCCGAAUGACAGAGUUAACGAUGCCGCUUGGCCAUAUACUAGACGGCUACUUCUAACGAAAAAGCAAUGUAAAAAACAAUUUAGUGUGGAGCGCAUGGAACGCAUUGACCGUAUGAUUGAGGCAUCGAACGCUACCUGCUACGCAAAAUAUGCAAAUUGUGUGCUUGAUCUCAAGAAACAGGAAAACAAAGAUAUAAAGAAGAAACGCGGCUGGUCCGAGUCAGAAUGGAAGAAACACAUGGAUUAUAUUGGACAGAUAGCUGGUCCAAAACGUGAUUUCAAACCGCUUCCAAUCAAGCGGGGACCCCGCAAGCCGCUCUCAGCUUUCUUCCCAAGACUUAAUGUUAUUUCCAUACUACCAGAGUUUAAAGUGUACAGGAGAUUGUCUAAACAAGCCUGGUACAGGAAUCCUGAAAAGGUUGCUCCUGCUGCUUUAAAAUACCAGAUAUCUGAUCGAAUUAAGAAGCUAGCCGUUGCGAGAGUUAUACCUGCCUACGGCUAA